CACCUUCAUACAUUUUCCAUCUCUUCCACUGCAAAACCCUAAUCACAUUCACUUCUCCUCCAUCAUCAAGCAAUGCCUCCUAAACUUGAUCCAUCACAGGUCGUUGAAGUCUAUGUCCGCGUCACCGGAGGAGAAGUCGGCGCCGCCAGUUCACUGGCACCGAAGAUCGGACCUCUCGGUCUCUCCCCAAAGAAGAUCGGGGAAGACAUCGCCAAAGAAACCGCGAAGGACUGGAAGGGACUCCGCGUGACGGUGAAACUGACUGUCCAGAAUCGGCAAGCGAAGGUGGCGGUGGUUCCGUCUGCAGCGGCGCUUGUUAUCAAGGCGUUGAAGGAGCCGGAGAGAGAUAGGAAGAAAACUAAGAAUAUUAAGCAUAAUGGAAAUAUCUCGCUUGAUGAUGUUAUUGAGAUUGCGAAGGUGAUGAAGCCGAGAUCUAUGGCGAAGGAACUUGGCGGCACUGUGAAGGAGAUUCUUGGAACUUGUGUUUCGGUUGGGUGUACUGUUGAUGGAAAGGAUCCGAAGGAUUUGCAACAAGAGAUUAACGACGGUGAUGUUGAGAUUCCUUUAGAAUGAGAUUGAUGUUGUUUUGUUUUGGUAGUUUUUGAUUUGGUUUAUUUUGUAUGCGGAAAUUUUGUUGAAUGAAGUUUUAUUUGAAAUUUAUAAAAUGGAA